AUGACACAGCUGGAGACAUCCGUGGCUUGCAUGAUGAAGGUCUUUGAUACAUAUGCAGGAAAGGAGGGAAAGCCGGACAGCCUAACAAAAGCCGAGGUCAAGGCUCUGCUGGAAAACGAGCUGCCUGGACUGCUCAAGGGAGCACAGAAUCAAGAAGACCUGGACAAGUUGUUCAAAGAGCUGGACUUUAAUGGAGACGGUGAGGUCGACUUCAACGAGUUCAUGGUGCUGGUAGCUUCUAUCACCUGCGUCUGCCAUGGCCGCCCUUGCAAGAAGUGA